AGCAAAGUUCCCCAAACACACGUAACACGUAACACCAGACUUUUUUCCAUGUCAAUCGAGUUUUAAGAACACACAGCGAUAAGACGAAGCGAUAAGACGAGGCGAUAAGCAUCGACACGAGGUGCAAACGACAACAAAUCUAUUGCGGAGAAGGACAGAAAAAAAAGGACACGUGGAGGAUAAGUCAAGAGAUUCUUGAACUCGGUCUCGAUCGGCGGAUCGCCAGGAAUUUUGGCGACGUUGUCACGAGAUCGCGCUGGCACAGCAAGGCAUCACGUCGCCGAGGAUCAGCCAGAGCGGACACGCUCAGCGAAACGUACGGACGAAAGGGUCGUAAUUGGCGAGGAGAAAAAAAAACGCGAGCGAAUCAUCGCUGCGUUUCUUCGUAGCGGAAAUCUUUAAACUGCGAAUUCGUAGGCGAGAACAGCAGGAGCGAGCCGAUAACUAUACAUCCGCAACACCGAGAGAGCCCGACGUGUGGAGUGGGUGCGGCGAAGGUGGCCGCCAAUCACGCAGACGGGCUAAAGACGUCAUUUAGGCCCCGAUCGUUUCCCGCAUCGCAUCUCGAGGGUGCGUAAGCACACAUCCGCACACACCGGCACCGACGGUCCGACCAAACGCACUCUCACCCAGUGCAACGCAUGCACGCACCCGCACACACGUACGCACGCACGCGAAGCAGCGUAUACGGCGGCGCACAUACAGCGUAUUGAACGCGAUCGAUCAAAAGCGCACUAGGGAGAAAGCACGACCGAAUCGACCGCAUUCGCUAUCUGACGAGGAGGAGGAACGACGAGGUGAAGACAACGGCGUACUGCGUCGUCCAACUGUCAUUCUGUCACCGGCGCCGAGAGAGAAAGAGAGAGAGAGAGAGAGAUAGAGACCCGCUGUCAUAACAGAACCACGUGUGAUCGGCCAGUGACGUACGCGCGCGCGGAACAACGAGACAAACGAGAGCACGUAGCGCGACGCACGCUCGCACAUACGUACAUAAGCAGAGCACGCACGCACAUUACGCACGUUACGCUACCUUCGUUAACCACCUACGCACGCAUUCGCCGGCCGACCGAAGCGCACUGCAAGCGCCGGCCGCGCAACGACGAGAGAAGAGCCGCGGCGACCUACCCUGGCCGCCGCGUUUCAUCGGCGUCGCCCGCGAGGGGCUCGCCAAGCGGAAGUAACGCUGCUUCGCUGCGAGAUAAGCGGCCGAUAACCUAACCGGGCAUCACGUCGCGCCAGCGGACGAGGACGCGCAGCGCGCUGUACAGAAAUCCCGACACGUGUCGCGAGACACGAGAGAGAAAGAGUGAGAACAACGUGUAGCCGACACCGCCGCCGUCGUCGUCGUCGUCGUCGUUACCCCCAGUCAUCGUCGAGCCCCUUCCCCCCUACACGCUGACAGGAUGCCGAACUCGCAAAGAAGACAGAUGAUGCAGCCAUGGCCCCUGUGCCUGGCGCCCUUCGCGAAAAAAAAGGAGCGCAGCGUUCUCCCCAAAUAUUACACGAAGGUGUCCCCGAUUAUCAGACCUUCACCUUCCGGUUCGGGGACAACUUUGGACUGUUCGUCAAACACUACCCUCGUGGCGAGUACCAGUCCAUUCAACAGCCAAACCGCUCUCAUCGUCGAGAAAAAAUACUUCUCUGGCGACAACAGCAAGACAUCCAACCAUUACUAUGCCGAAAAUUUGAGAAACAAUCAUCAAAAAGCCCUAAACGGAUCGCGGAUUUACAAUCCACUAGACAAAGGCCAGGACGUCGAUUACAAGCAGCUCGAUCCGCUUCUAUCGAACGAGCAGAAACCGGACAUCAAGAUCUCCAUGGAUGCCGAGGACGUGAAACCGCCCAAGGACCCGCAGGAAUCCAUCCGACACACAGAAUUCCAAAAGGAACCCAAGCCGUCUCCGAUGCGAUUUACUACCCAGAUAUUGGCCGCAUUAUCCGUGUCGCUGGGUUCGAUGGUGAUUGGUUAUGCAAGUUCCUACACAUCGCCGGGAUUAGUGUCUAUGCGUGAUAAUGCCACCGCGAGCUUCGAAGUCAGCAAGCAAAUGGGUAUGUGGAUUGGAUCGCUUAUGCCGCUGAGUGCACUUUUCGGUGGUAUUGCUGGAGGACCAUGCAUCGAAUACAUCGGAAGAAGAAAUACGAUACUUGCUACGGCGUUUCCAUUUAUCGGAGCAUGGCUUUUAAUCGCGUUGGCUGAGAACGUCCCGAUGGUGCUAGUUGGACGCGCGUUAUGCGGAUUCGGCGUAGGUGUUGCUUCUUUAGCGCUACCCGUGUACUUAGGCGAAACAAUACAGACAGAAGUACGCGGUACUCUUGGCUUGAUGCCCACUGCCUUCGGUAAUACCGGAAUAUUAUUAUGCUUCACGUUGGGCAUGUAUCUGGAUUGGAGAAAUUUGGCGCUGGUAGGCGCGAGCUUGCCCAUACCAUUCUUGAUUCUGAUGUUCAUGAUCCCGGAGACGCCAAGGUGGUACAUCUCGAAGGGGAAGACGAAAAAGUCGCGAAAGGCACUGCAGUGGCUGCGCGGUAAGGAAACGGACAUCACCGAGGAAUUGAGUAUGAUCGAGAAAUUGCACAUGGAGAGCGAGCGAAACGAUUCCCAAGGUACGAUAUCGGAAUUGAUGAAGCGCAACAAUCUGAAGCCGCUUCUUAUUUCCCUGGGAUUGAUGCUGUUCCAACAAAUGUCCGGCAUCAAUGCAGUAAUAUUCUACACGGUGCAAAUAUUCCAGGAUGCCGGCAGCACGAUCGACGAAAAUCUUUCCACCAUCAUCAUCGGCAUCGUGAACUUUAUAUCCACCUUCGUCGCCGCGUCCGUGAUCGACAAGUUGGGCAGGAAGAUGCUGUUGUAUAUAAGCGGUGUAUCAAUGGCUGUCACGCUCUUCGCCCUCGGCGGAUUCUUCUACGUCAAAUCGAUGGGCAUGGACGUGACGUCGUUCGGCUGGCUGCCGCUGGUCAGUCUGAUCGUGUAUGUUGUGGGUUUCUCGCUAGGCUUCGGACCCAUUCCCUGGUUGAUGAUGGGCGAGAUUCUGCCGGCCAAGAUCCGCGGUUCGGCCGCGAGUAUCGCGACCGGCUUCAACUGGAUGUGCACCUUCAUCGUAACGAAAACCUUCGAGGAUGUCAUAGCGCUGAUCGGCGCGCACGGUACCUUCUGGCUGUUCGGCUCCAUUAUCGCGGUAGGUUUCGUCUUCGUGGUCGUCAGCGUACCAGAAACGAGCGGUAGGUCGCUCGAGGAAAUCGAGAAGAGGUUCACAGGCCGAACUAGAAGAAUGAGCUCGGUCGCCAACAUGAAGCCGAUGCCGAUGGCGUGCUAGCCGCCAUCGAACGUCCGAUCGCGAUUUUCUUCAAGAAAUCGCGAUUUCUCUUCGAGAAAUCUCACGCGACCGAGAAGUGAGACUUGCGGUUACGGUGUUAUUCUAAGGGAUAAAUUCCCUUAUAGAUACGUUUUCCCUUAAAGGGAAAUUAGAUAUGAAGGUAUAUUUCUCUCUUCUGCAUAAAGAGGAAGAGUACUUGCUCUCUCCCCUUUUCCUAUCUUGCUCUUACGAAAUUUUCAGCUCAUUCUUGCAAGAUUCGCUUGUAAUCAAUAACGAGUACAAUUAUCAUUCAACUAUAUCCGGAAAUGCGGAGGGACAAAAGCGAAUCUUUUCCGAAAGACCCGUACUUUCUUUAAUUAGAUAUUAUAUUGAAGAGCUGUAACUGGAUGUGAAAAGUUUUAUCAAUUGAAAACUUUAGUAAUUUUUUUAUAAUCAUGAGAAAUUUUUUAGUAAUUCGUUAAAAUAAUUUUUUCGACUGAAUAUUCAAGUUGACAGUUUUAUAUCGAUUAUUAUAUUUUUUAUCGAAAAUGCGACACAUCUUCAUUCGCUUGCUUCUUUAAUUAUCCAGAUGAAACGUAAGUGCAGCAAGAUUCCGUUUCUAUUUAUUCAUAUCUAAUAUGGGGAAAAGAGCCAACGAUAGUGCCAACCUUGUCAGGCGUCCAAUUUGCGAAACCUUAAUACGUACUUUAAGACUAAUUAAUUACGAGGCAAAAAUACGUUCCUAGCGGGGAAAUGAUACGAUAUGUGACUAUCAGCUGUUGACUAGAUGUAUAAUUGCGAUUGUUUUUAUUAUUCGACAAUUCUACAGGGUCUACCUCAAGUUAAUAUUGCAUCAUCGGGAGGUGUGCACGUGUGAAUCGCGCGAUUUUUUUUCUUUUUUUUUAAGUGCACACAGUCUUAGGCUGUGGUAUACGUAAUUUUGUGCGGAGAUAGAUCGUCACGUAUACUUUGAAUUUCAGAAACACGCGUAAUAUGUACUUAUAUAUUUACGUAUUAUACGUCGGUCUUCGAAGCAAGGGUGAACUUCCCGCGCGAUGAUAAGCUUAAGAUCAAUCGCGUUCCUAUGCACCCUCUUCAUGAUAGAGCCACUGUUUGUAAAUAGCCGGAGGUUUGCACCAUUAGGAUAAUUAAUGUACAUAUAUUCCAAAAUCAAGAUGGUUAACUUUAAUCGUAGCUCGGCAAUUAUUUUUCUAAUGUCUCUUCCUCUUUGGAAAUAUAGAAAUUUAAAAAGACGCAGAGAGCUGAUCGAACUAUGAUUUAAGCUGAUCAACAUCGAAAAAAUUGAUCCUAGGCAAAGAUGAUAUGAUUCAGUCUAUCAGAUCGCGUAUAAUCUUCUUGUUAAAUGAAUGAUACGCGCAAUCGGACUGUAUCAAUGUGGGAUGUGAAUACGAUUCUAAAUGUAUAUACAUAAAAAGUGAUAAUUUUAAAUAGAAGAUAUAUAUAUUUUUAUUUUCUGAACGAGUUGAAAAGAGUAGGAAUUAUAGUUGUAGUCGAGUUGUUAGGAAAUUAGUAGCGUAAGAGGAGAACCUCAGACGAAUGUAAAGCUUGUCGAAAUGCCUAUGUUCAAAAAUUAAGAUAAAACUGCUAAUAUCAGACGAGUGUUAUCGGUCAAAUUAUGUAAUCGGAAAUAGUUCAUCGAUAGACUUUCAUGGCUAAAUUCAAAAUAUCGACAAAAAUUGAUUUGUAUUGCCUAAAUUGUAAAUAUAUAUUUUUAUCAUCAA